AUGACAGCUGUGUGUGUGCACCUCUGCCUGCUCCUCUGGGGGUUUGGCAGCUCUGGCAGAGCAGCAGCAGCGGGACUGACCCUCAACGACUCCUCACUUGUGGCGGAGGGGAUGUUUUCCCCCCGGGAGAAUUUCCUGAACGUGUCGGUGGCACAGCUGGAGAACCGGACCUCCGGCUUCUUCCACCUGGAUUUUGACGACAGGCUGCUGGAGGAUUGGCGCACCCUGGCCAGUAAGAAGAGCCGCGGCGGGGAGUCGCAGGAGGGCGGUGUGAAGGUCCUGCUGUUGGCCGCCUACUCCCUCAUCAUCGUGGUGUCCCUGUUCGGGAACAUCCUGGUGUGCCAUGUGCUGGUGAAAAACAAGCGCACCCAGUCGACCACCAGUUUGUUCAUCAUGAACCUGGCUGUGGCUGACAUCUUCAUCACUGUCCUCAACACACCCUUCACCCUGGUCCGGUUCGUGAACAGCACCUGGGUGUUUGGGAGGGCCAUGUGUCACAUCAGCCGCUUUGUGCAGUACUGCUCCCUGCACGUCUCCACUCUCACACUGACGGCCAUCGCACUGGACCGACGUCAGGUUAUUUUACAUCCUCUGAGACCUCGCAGGUCCCAAGCUCAAGGUCGUGUUUGGGUGGUUGUGAUCUGGAUAAUGGCCUCCUGCUUCUCCCUCCCUCAUGCAAUCUACCAGAAACUCCUAACCUUUACAUACAGUAAGGAGGAGGAGCGCAGCCUGUGCGUCCCAGACUUCCCAGAGCCAUCAGACAUCUACUGGCAGUACAUCGACCUCCUGACCUUCAUAUUACUUUACGUGCUGCCGCUCCUCAUCAUCACUGCUUCCUACACCACAGUGGCCUGUCGGUUGUGGCGCCACAACACCAUUGGCGACACCACGACCGCUCAGCACGCCACCCAGAGGAGAAAGCGGAGGCGGACAUUAGCCAUGCUGCUCCUUGUGGUCGGGGUGUUCGCUGUCUGUUGGUUCCCGCUCAAUUGCUACGUGGUGCUGCUUUCCAGCCAGGCCAUCCACUCGUCCAACGCCCUCUACUUCUGCUUUCACUGGCUGGCCAUGAGCUCCACCUGCUACAACCCUUUCAUCUACUGCUGCCUGAAUCCCACCUUCCGCCAUGAGCUGCGGCUGCUGCGUGACAUGUGCAGGAGGAGACAGAGGGCGGUCGGGUUGGAGCCUGAACUUCGGCCUGCAGCCGUCUGCACUCCCUGUCACAGGCCGGCCUGUCCCGACAACCACGAGUCCUCGAGGCUGAGGCGUGAGUUACCACAGCCGGGCCAAGGCUCCUCACAGCAGGGUGGUUCCAGUCAGCCCCACAACCUGAAAGAGACACAUGUGCUGUUCACUGCCAGACAGGUACUCACAGGGAGAGCUGACAUCCUGUCAGUGGAGCCCAUUGUGGCUGUGAGCUGA